CAUGAGAUCAUCCUCCGUGGAUAAAUGUGCAUUUUCCUUGACAGAAAAUUACAUCAUUGCAUUAGCUAACUAAGGGACCUUCCCUCCUUCUACUAGCAAUUUCUUUCUGCCAUUUUCUGUCUCUUUUCUACCCCUUUCUUGUUGUGUGCAUCUUUUUCUUCCUCUUUCCUUGAAUCUACUCCUUUUUGUGUAUGCCCCUGUUCUUUCUGGAGGUUCUGCAAUUGCCUAAUUCCCCACCCUUCACUCAAAAAAGGCACUGAAUAAAGUUAACAAAUAAGAACAACAAUGGCAGAUAUAAAAGAUGGACUGCAAUCAGGUCACGAUGAGGCAGAUGCAAAAUCUCUCUUUGGUUCCCAAGGAAAGAGCCUGCCUGUUAGCAAAUCCAUGGACUCUGGAAUACAGCCAGAUGAGAGUUACAAAAUGGAUUAUCCAGAAAGUGGGAUAUGUAUAAUAAUAAAUAAUAAGAACUUCCUGCAAGCCACUGGAAUGUCAUUCCGAUCUGGUACUGAUGCAGAUGCUGCACACAUCAGAGAAACUUUUAUGACUUUGGGAUAUAAAGUCAACCUUCACAAUGAUCGUACAGGGAAGCAAAUGUUUGACAUCUUGCAAAAUGUUGCUAAAGAUGAUCACAGCAAUCGAAGUAGUUUUGUUUGUGUGCUGUUAAGUCAUGGUGAAGAUGGAUUAAUCUAUGGUACAGAUGGUCCUUUCGAAUUAAAAAUGUUAACAGGCCUGUUCAGAGGAGACAGAUGUAAGAGUCUUGUGGGAAAGCCAAAACUCUUCUUCUUUCAGGCUUGUAGAGGGACAGAAUUAGAUUCUGGUGUUGAAACAGACAGUAGCUCAGAGGAAAAUACAUGUCAGAAAAUGCCUGUAGAAGCAGACUUCCUAUAUGCAUAUUCUACUGUUCCGGGCUAUUACUCCUGGAGAAACUCAUCAGAAGGCUCCUGGUUUAUUCAGUCGCUAUGUUUGAUGCUGAAACAACAUGCAAAGAAACUUGAGCUUAUGCAGAUACUAACACGUGUAAAUCGCAAGGUGGCACAAUUUAGUUCGUAUUCAAACCAACCAGGUUUUCAUGGAAAGAAGCAGAUUCCGUGUAUUGUGUCCAUGCUCACCAAAGAACUGUACUUCGCUCACUAAAGAACUUCACCUUGUAACUUACAUUUCUCCCACUAAAUAAUUUCACACAUUUGUAUUUGUAAUGUUUGCACAAAGUGAGAAAACAAAACUAGCAUUGAAUAUCACUUACAAAUCUGAAUUAAUGUUUACUAUUCUAUGUAGGUAAUAUAGAUGAGAAUUUAAGACCCUACUCAGAGCUAAACUUGUCCAUUAGAACAGUAGAACUUGGUGUUGCUCUCUCAGAAACUCAGGCUCAGGUAACUAAAUACGGAGAAACUUGAAAGUAAUUCCACAGCAUUACUACUAAUCUAUAUUACCUACUUUCUGGAGAAAUGGAAGAAAGAGACAGGUUGAAUUGCUUAUUGGUUCUAGUGUGACAUUACAUUUCAUUCUGGCUGGAGGAAGAGAGAGAAAAAAUUAGUGUAUUCUAAAUAGUUUCUCUUUCCAUUUUGGACAUAAUUAGGGAACAGAUUCAGAAUAUGGCAUAUACCAGUGCCAUUUUAUUAUUUUUGGCAAUAUUGUAUUAGUGUCACUACAAAUGAGUGGGUUUUAAAAGUACUGCAGAGAAAUGUGUAAACUGUAGAAGCAGGUUAUUACAUUUGUUUAUACAAUAGUGUAGCUUAUUCAGAGUUUCAAACAAUUUUUUGUCCUACACUCUGGCUUUUUAACUUUCUAUCAAAUAUGAAAAGUUAUGAGACUUAGCUUGUCAGUGCUUACUACCCACUUAAAAAUACAAUUCAUACAAUUGAUUUUUGGAGCUGAGGAACUAAGAGACCCGUCUUGCAAAAUGCUCUUUGCAUUCCACCCUUAACUCCCUGGGAUAUGAGGGUUCUCAACACCUCUUACAACCACUUUGGUCUCGAUCCUACAAGGCAGCAAAUGGAACUGCAUUUCUGAAUGGUAAAUUUUCCUUUUUCUGCCAUAUUUGAUAGGAUUUUUUGUUUUGCUUUUGCAUUAUAUAAAUACCACAUUUCAUCUGUCCCAUAAAGUAGAUUUGUAGUGUUGGAGAAAAGUCAGUGAUUUUGUCUAGUAUCAAAUUUGAUAAUUAACUUUAAAGGUUUGGUAAAACAGGCAUAUUGAGUAAAAUAUGACACAGUAAAUUAGUUCUUUUGAUUUUGCAUUUUGUGACAGUAAACUACACUAAUAAUGGAGUACAGGAGAUAAAAAAACAAAAGUGAAGCAGAUUUUUUGUUUAUAUAUUAAAUCAUAAAAUAAUUUAUCUUGAUUCAGACUGACAAUCUACACCUUUUGAUUAAUGAAAAAGAAUACUCAGAAUUGUAAUGGCUGCAUUGAACGCUUGCAGAUAAGACUUUUUAAACUUUUUAAAAAAUAAGUUGCAUAACUAAUGGUAGCAACUACACCUUGUCAUUUCAAUAAGGAGUCUUUGGAUCUUUUUUACUUAUUAAAUUAAAUAUUGCCUAAGUUAAA